UUUAUCGAGUUUCUUCCAAUUUCUUCUUCUUCUCCUGUUACUCUUCUCCUGUUACCCUGUAACCCCGGCCGUUUUGCUUCUCUUCUUCUCUUCUUCACGGAACACUUCUUCACGGAACAGAACAGUGCUUCUUCUUCUCGUCUUCUUCUCUACAAGUGAUACGGGUUUAAUUCAAUCUCGUCCUUCAAAUAGAGAUGUCGAUUUCCAGGUUCAAUAAUCGCAUAAAGACGAACAAGAAACAAAAAUAUGUAGCCGAUAAUGAAUAUAAUUUAAUCUCUACUGGUAAGUAUAAGGAGAUUGAUGUUCCCGGGUUAGGGAGAUUUCCUGUCGUGGAAGAUGAUAAACCACACGCUUCUAUGGAUAUCACGGUUUCAGACAAUAGUAACUCUCAUUAUACAUAUCGUGGUAACCUUUAUUCGAUCACUGCUCAAUAUAAGCUUAUUUCUGUACUUAGUCCUAGAGUGAAAUAUAUUAUUGAAAAAGCAGGAUGGGAUAGACUGUUGAACAUGGAAUUGGGUGAAUGUCUGCAUGCCAUGGUCGAAUAUAUUGUGGAGAGGUUUUGGGAUACAACUAAUACUUUUCACUUCCCUUUUGGUGAGAUGGGGUUUACACCACUUGAUUGGGUCAUGUUGACAGGAGUGACUAUUGGAGAUGGGGUUGAUAUUCCGUAUGAUUCUCAAAAGUACCAAUUUGAAUAUGAUCUUGAUGCAGUUUCCACUUAUGAUUGGGGUGCCGCCGCUUUUUCGAGAUUGUAUGCGGCACUCUGUAUAGCUGGUCGGAAGCGGAAGUCACUAAGCGGGCCCUUCCAAGUAUUAGAGUUUUGGGGCUACGAAUAUUUGGGCAUAUGUGCACCUGAGGUAGUCCAACCUCUGGAUGAUCAACCAAUAUGGCCUAGAUGUAGUAGGUGGAAACCAAAGAAGAAGGUGGUUGAUAUUGUUCGUUGUAGAACUUCACUGAAUAAAUUGACCGCGGACCAAGUUACAUGGCAACCCUGGGAAUCAUGCAGACAAAUCCUUGAUUCUGAAAUUGGAGUAAAAACUAUCAUGCUCUCAAACGCAAGGAUUAUAUUUUCUUGGAAUGGCGUUGUGUUGGAGGCAAAACCAUCCCACCUUUGCUGUUCCCAUAGUUCAACAUAUAAUUGUUGGGGAUAUCGAUGACGCGCAAGGAAAACGCCUAAUCGAUGAGGGCUGGUCAGAUGCAACAGAUAUUGUGAAAGUUGUUUCGUAUGAUAUGUAUAUGCAAUAUUAGCGAAAGGUAACUAACUUUAAAGGUUAUGUAACAUACCCCGAUUGGGAUGUUCCAGUAUAUGGGUACAACGGUGAGCUUCAUAAUCACACGAUGCAAAAGCCGGCUGAACAUAUACAUAUUCCUCCUCAACAUCAAAUAUCCCCCGAUGAAUGUUAUUCAUUUUAUCAAGAGCAUGUUGAUUUUGGUCAUCAAUUACGUACUUUCACAUUAAAUCAAUCAAAAGAUCAAAUGGAGAUUAGGAGGGCGAAUGUUGCUGAAAUUGAAAGACUAAAACACCAUAACCACAUGUUGGAGGUACAACUCUCUCAAUUGGGAUUGGCACCACAAUCCCAACCUCCCAUUGGAUUCAGUCAGUUUUCCCAAACAAUACCACAACCAGUUUGGAUGAGUAUGGCACAAGGAUCAGCUGCACAGACGAGAUUGGGAUCAGCUUCAACGACGUCGUCAAUUAAUCCCACUUCGAGAGUCAAUAUGCCUUUUCUCCCUCCGCGCUCGGGAUCUUUGGAGGAGAAUACAGAUGAUAUGAACGGUUAAUUUCAAGUUACGAUGUAUAGUCAUUUCAUAAAGUGAACAGUUAGACUAAUAGUUGAUGUGUGGGUUUUUUACUCUUUGGCGUACUGUCUUAGAGUGACAGUGAGUGGUCAUCUCCCUUCUGAGUGUGUAGACGAAUCUUUCAGUAUGUCUACUCUUUUCGAUGUCUCUAAUCUUAUCUUGUUUUUUUAUUAAAUGUAUAGCCAGACAAAAAAAGGUUUGUUUUUUUAAUUAAUAUUUACUUUUGGA